AUGGCGAAAAUAAUACUACUAGUCUUGUUCCAGUUUGCGAUCAUAUCAUUUACGUGUGCCAAAGCCUCAGGCUCUGCGGCCAUCUCAUGGUGCAGCCAAACCCCAAACCCCGAACCGUGUGAGUAUUUCCUCACACAAAACCCUAAAUUAUACGACGUCUCCUCCAUACAUGAAAAGCCCGACUUCCUGAAGGUGUCGUUGCAGAUGGCCCUCGAUCGCUGCAUACACGUGCAGAGUGGUCUCCAGCAACUCGGCCCCAAGUGUCGCUCCGCUCGGGAGAGGGCAGCCUGGGCCGACUGCGUCGACCUCUAUGGGAAAGCCAUCCGUUUCCUCAACAAGACCAUUGACACCGACAACAAGUGCACCGCGGAUGACAAGCAGACGUGGCUGAGCGCGGCACUCACCAAUAUGGAGACGUGCAUUGACGGCUUCGGUGACAUGGGCAUCCAAGAUUAUUACACUGUGUUUCCCAUAUUGGCUAACAACGUGAGUUUGUUGGUGAGCAAUACCCUAGCUUUGAACAAUGAGGGUUCUACUUCUGAUGAUAGUAUGUCUAUGUCGCCGAUGAGUUAUGAAGAAGGGUUUCCAGGGUGGGUUCCUUCCGGUGAUCUGGAGCUGCUUCAGUCGUCCAUCCCGAGGGCGGACUUGGUUGUGGCGCAGGACGGGUCGGGGAAUUUUAAGACGGUGGGGGAUGCGGUGGCAGCCGCACCAUCGGGGAGCAGCAGGUAUGUGAUCUAUGUGAAGGCGGGAACGUAUGUGGAGAAUGUGGAAAUUGGGGAGAAUUUGGUUAAUAUUAUGUUGUUGGGUGACGGAAUUGGGAGGACUAUUAUCACCGGAAACAGAAGCAACGUCACCGGCUUCACCACCACCAAAUCGGCCACUGUUGGAGUUGCGGGCUACGGGUUCAUCGGCCGCAGCAUCACAUUCCGGAACACGGCAGGGCCCGAGAACCAGCAGGCCGUGGCUCUGCGUUCGGAUGCCGACCAUUCCGUGUUUUAUCAGUGCAGCUUCGAAGGGUACCAAGACACCCUCUACGUCAACCACCAACGCCAGUUCUACCGCAACUGCGAUAUCUACGGCACAGUCGACUUCAUCUUCGGAAACGCCGCCGCCGUCUUGCAAAACUGCAACAUCUACCUUCGUGACCCGCCCCACAAGAUCAAUACCAUCACCGCGCAAGGCCGGACCGACCCGAACGUUAAAACAGGCAUCAUCAUCCACAACUGCCGUGUCACCGCAGCCCCGGACCUCCGAUCCGUUCAGGGAUCCGUCAAGUCCUAUCUGGGCCGCCCGUGGAAGGUGUACUCGCGGACGGUGUUCAUGAAGACCGAGCUCGAUAGCUUGAUCGACCCGGCUGGUUGGCUUCCUUGGGACGGGAACCUCGGUUUGAAUACCUUGUAUUACGCCGAGUAUGCCAAUACCGGUCCCGGCUCCUCCACCGCCAAUCGGGUCAAUUGGACCGGUUAUCACGUCAUCACCAGCCCAUCCGUCGCCGCACAGUUUGCGCCGGGGAAUUUCAUUGACGCCAAUUCUUGGCUGCCGGCCACCAAUGUGCCAUUUACCCCUGGCUUUUGA